UACUGUCGACUUUGACAUUUCACAAUGUAAACAAAACUAGUUCCAUUUAGUGAAUAUAUUUUUCUACCACGGAACAACUCAUCAAAGACAGAUAACUCCACCAAAAAAAACCCAUUGGCCACAUAACUACAAACAUUCCAUUAAAAUGGAUUCCAAAUUAGAUAUGGAUGACUACUCCAAUGCUAGUCUUGAGGGUGAUAUGUCAAUACCGGGCAGCAGCAAGACAAAUAAUGCUCCAAUUGGUGCACCUGAUUUUAAUACACUGGAUGAACCCAUUAAGGAGACAGUUUUGCGUGAUGUACGAGCAGUGGGUGUGAAAUUCUAUCAUGUCCUUUAUCCCAAAGAAAAGUCAAGUUUAUUAAAGGAUUGGGAUCUAUGGGGUCCUUUAGUUUUGUGUACAUUCAUGGCCACAAUUUUACAAGGCUCAUCUGUAGGAGAUUAUGAUGGCGGUCCGGAAUUUGCUCAGGUUUUUGUCAUAGUGUGGAUAGGUGCUGCCAUUGUAACGUUAAAUUCUAAGCUUUUAGGUGGCAAUAUCUCAUUUUUCCAAUCUGUGUGUGUUCUGGGAUAUUGUCUUACACCCGUUGCCAUAUCACUUAUAGUAUGUCGUAUUAUUUUGCUUGCCACGCAAUCACCACUACUAUUCUUUUUGCGUCUUUUAACCACAACAUUAGGAUUUCUAUGGGCUACUUACGCUUCUUUCAUUUUCCUGGGUGACAGUCAACCACCCAAUCGCAAACCAUUGGCUGUUUAUCCUAUAUUCCUCUUCUUCUUCAUUAUAUCUUGGUUGGUGAUAUCCCACAAUUAAGAUUGGUGACUCAUGUAUUUAUAAGGCCCUUUAGAAUAAAAAUGAAAAUUCUAGCAAUAAUAUUGGCAUUUCUGUGUGCGUUUUUGUUUAUUUUUGAUUGUAUAUUAUGUUCAUUUUGCCAAAACAAAAAGUAUUUUAUAUUUAACUUCCAAUUUAAAUAAAUAGAAAAUGCUUUGUAUGAUUA